AUGGAUCACGUCUAUGGUAUCAAAUGCGACAACUGUGAGCAGAAGUAUGUUGGUGAAACAGGAAGAAAAAUAGGCCUACCAAUCAAAGAACAUCAAGAACUCUGCAAGAACAUGGGUAUGGAAAGAUUUGAUAUAGCGGAACACAUUGCACGAACGGGGCACGAAAUCGACUGGAAAUCGACGGAAAAGCUGGCUACAUAUGGUGAAAAUACGACAAAGCGCAAGACCGAGAGAAAUCUAAUAAGGUCCUGA